AUGGUUUACACAGGCAUAAAUAACUUUCUUUUCGCACGAUUUUUUUUGUCUGCUCUCACCCAAUUUUUCUCCUACAAACCUCUGAAUUAUAAAUUCUGGAGAAUGCCAUUUCUGAAGGGUGGACGUGCUGCGGUGACAAGGACUAAAAAGUACUUAGAAGCUGGACGAAUACUUCUGAAUGAUGGUGUCAAGAUUAUUGUCAUCAAUCAUGUCCCCGGAGCAGAAAUAUCACAUGGAUGUGAUGAGUUCAUUAAGUGGCAUUUACCUCCUUUACAAUUCAGAAAUCCAAACGUUCAGGUAAUUACGUUCAAAAAUAUGUGUCCGACUCCAUUUAUUAAAAUUUAUCUUGAAAAAAACGAAGAACAAGUGGUGAAUUGUGCCUUUCGAAAGAAUUCCGAUAUCUAUGAUCACCUAAUUACACUUCUUGGGAAAACUGCUUCAUCUGAGAGUUCCUUAGUGAAUGAUUUGACUACAAAAAACCCAUCAAGUUUUGGCACCGAGUUCCCGCGCCAAUGUAUAUGCGAAUUAUACGGUCAAAUGCCUUGCUCGUCUAAUAUUGGGAAACCGAAGCUAUGGCCAAAGUUGGAAUAUACAUUGCCUCCGGUGGAUACAGAAUGGUUUAAAAACGCGACGGAUACUAGUGUUACAAAUGAUGGAUAG